AUGGCGGCACCUUCGGAACAGAGGAUUGCUGUACCGAUCGAUGAUCCCAAUGCCGACACAGAAUGGAAUGAUAUCCUUCGCAAGCAUGGAGUUAUCCCUGAGAAGCCGCCUAGUCCUACACCGAUGAUCGAGGAAGCUAUUAUUGAAGGCAGACGACUUGCGCACGAGAACAGACUCGAAGGCAAAGAUUUGGACGAACUUGACGAGCUCGAAGACGAUGAGGAAGAUGCUUUUCUCGAAGAAUAUCGCAAGAAGCGCAUGGCGGAGAUAAACAAACUGCAAAAGAAAUCAAUCCACGGCAGCGUCUACCCGAUAUCGAAACCCGACUACCAGCGCGAGGUGACAGAAGCCUCGGAGAACGGCCCGGUCUUUGUCAAUCUCACGUCGAGCAUGGGCACCAACGUUGAGUCGCGGGUUUUGUCUGACCUCUGGAGACAGGCGGCGCAAGAGUACGGCGACAUCAAAUUCUGCGAAAUCCGCGCGAACCAGGCCAUUGAAAACUACCCCGACCGCAAUUGCCCCACCAUUCUGGUGUACAGCAAAGGCGACAUCGUGAAGCAGGUCGUCACGCUCAUGACUAUUGGCGGGGUGCGCGCAACGAUGCGCAAUAUAGAUGAUAUGCUGGUAGAGGUUGGUGCUGUACCAGAAUCUGACAUGCGCAUCAUAAAGAGACGGCAAGCUGCCGAAGAGGCGGAAGAAGAGCGACUAGCAGGCGGCAAGACCAUCAAGACUGGGACCGCCGGUCGGUCUAGGGACGAUGACGAUGACGAUUGGGAUUAA